AUGAUCAGGAAACGUACUCGUCCUCAGCCACAUAUCCGGCAAAAGUCUCUUGAGGUCGAGGAAGAACCUCAAGAAAAACAAGAGCAAGAAGAUGACGUGAAACUAGAGGUUUCUGAUCUCAUUGAGCUACGGAAGCUCAGACGCACGCGAGAGGGCAUUGAUGUCCAGAAGCUUGUCAAGGGGGAUGUCAAGAAGAAGAAGAAGCGGCCUCGAGAGACUGAAGAGGAGCAGGGUGGGCUGAGGAAGGGAGCAACGAAGGAUGAUGAUGACGAGGAAGAAGAUGCCGAGACAAAGGCAAGGAAGGUUGUCCGGACCAACAACUUCACGCAACAGACGAACGUGUUAGACGUGGACAAGCAUAUGAUGGCGUACAUUGAGGAGAACAUGAAGUUGAGACGAGGAGCUCAAGACGAAGAGAAGGAAGACGAUGGUCCGCCAGAUCCCUAUGCCGAGCUCUUCCGCAUUCCAGAUAAGUACAAGGUCAAGCAAGAGAAGAAUGAACAGGAUGAGGGCAGCGUCACCAAUAGUCUUGCCAUGCUGACUGCGAUACCCGAGGUGGAUCUCGGAAUGGACACACGCCUCAAGAAUAUUGAGGAUACGGAGAAAGCCAAGCGCUACCUCACGGAAGAGCGCAAGGAGCGCAAGAAGAACGCAAACGAUGAAGAGCAUUUGGCAGCUGCGCGCUUCUACCGACCGAACUUGAAAAUGAAAUCCGACGCGGAUAUCAUCCGGGAUGCGAAGCUGGAAGCAAUGGGGCUGUUGCCUGAAGAUCACGAGGAGCGACACCCCCACCGGCAACGGGCUCAGAUGGCCACGGACGAGAUGGUUAUGGAGCGAUUUAAGAAGCGGAUGCGUAAAUAG